AUGAUAGGUUCUAGGGUUUCAGCUUCCUUCUUCAUUUUCUUGAUAUUCACGGUUAUCACAUUGCCACCUACGAUCCAAGCUUGCACUCCUUGCACUCACCCUCACCCUCCUGUUCCGAAACCUCCAGGCCACGGUGGUGGUGGUGGCGGUGGCGGAGGAGGUGGAGGUGGUGGAGGAGGAGGAGGUGGUGGUGGUGGUGGAGGAGGAGGAGGCGGCGGUGGAGGUAAAGGAGGAGGUGGGGGUAGAGGAGGAAGCGGCAAGGCACCACCACAUCAUGGAGGAAAAGGUGGUGGUAAACCGCCACACCAUGGUGGAAAAGGAGGUGGACCGCCGCAUCACGGUGGAGGAGGAGGGAAAUCACCACCGUUUGUUAGACCACCUCCGGUGGUUUAUCCACCACCAAUUGUGAGGCCACCGCCAAUCACAAGACCUCCUGGAAUUCUCCCUCCGAUCAUUGGCCCUCCAAUUGAACCGCCGCCGAUUACAACUCCUCCGGGACUCCUUCCACCGAUCACAACUCCUCCCGGACUUCUCCCUCCGGUUACAACACCUCCAGGACUUCUCCCUCCAAUCAUUAACCCACCUCCGGUCUUAACUCCACCACCAUCUUCCGGUUAUCCACCGUACCAAGGUGGUCCACCUUCUGAAGGAGGUGGAGGUGGAGGUGGAGGAGGCGGUGGUGCACAGCCGUCGUGUCCGAUCAACACAGUAAAGCUUGGCGCUUGUGUUGACGUUUUGGGAGGAUUGAUCCAUAUAGGACUUGGAAAUCCAGUGGAGAAUGUUUGUUGUCCAGUGUUACAAGGAUUACUUGAGAUACAAGCAGCCGUUUGUCUUUGCACAACCAUAAGACUUAAGCUUCUCAACAUAAACAUCUUCAUCCCUCUUGCACUUCAAGCUCUCGUCACUUGUGGAAUGAAUCCUCCACCUGGUUUUGUCUGCCCUCCUCUCACUUGA